AUGCAGCAGGUGAGCGUCAUCUUCCCCUACCUCCCGAUCCCCGCGCAUCGGCGCCGCGACCGGGCGCGCCAACGGUUGAGGGAGAUGUUCGGCACCAUCAUCAGGGCCCGGAAGGCCUCUGGACGGUCCGAGGAAGACAUGCUGCAGUGCUUGAUCGACUACAGGUACAAGAAGGACGGGCGCCCCACCACGGAGGACGAGAUCGCCGGGCUGCUCACGACGAUGCUCUUCGGCGCGCAGGAGACCAGCUCCAUCACGACCACCUGGACCGGGGCCUACCUGCUCCAGUUCCGGCGCUACCUGGCGGCCGCCGUGGAGGAGCAGAAGGAGAUCAUGAAGCGUCACGGAGACGGCAGGAUCGACCAUGACGUCUUGGCGGAGAUGGACGUCCUGUACCGGUGCAUCAAGGAGGCUCUCCGGCUGCAGCCGCCGACACCCAUCGUGUUCCGCUGGUCGCACGCCGACCUCGCGGUGACGACGAAGGAAGGCGAGGAGCUUAUCGUCCCCAAGGGCCAGAUAGUGUCGGCGUCCGCGGCCGUCGCGAACAGGCUUCCCCACGUCUACAAGGACCCGGACGCGUACGACCCGGACCGGUUCGCGCCUGGAAGGAGCGAGGACAAGGCGGCCGGUGCCCUGUCGUACAUCUCCUUCGGUGGCGGCAAGCACCGGUGCAUCGGCGAUGCCUUCGCCUACCUGGAGAUCAAGACGGUGUGGGCGCACCUGCUCAGGAACUUCGAACUGGAGCUGGUGUCCCCGUUCCCGGAGAACGAGUGGAACUCCAUGGUCGUCGGCGUCAAGGGCAAGCUCAUGGUGAAGUACACCAGGCGCAAGCUCGUCGUCGAUGGCAACUAA